AGUUACAUGUCAUUUCUGCUGUCUUCAAUACUUGAAUUUAAUACAAUUUUGAAUUUAAAUUUAAUACUACUGAAAAGUAAUACCAUUUUAGUGUUUUAUAUUCCAACGUAAUCUUAGUUUAUAAUAUUUUAACGCAUAUAACGUAAUCUUAUAUCUAUAUCCUUUUAGGAAGACAAUCAAACAAUGGCCUUAAUCGCUGAAAAUAAGAAAAUCCUAGAGUUUUUAGAGUUGGUGGGUCGCUUAAAGCACGUUAAAAGGACUGGUUGGGUAAUUUGUAACAUUGAUGAGUGUGAGAGUAUUGCUGGACACAUGUACCGUAUGGGACUGAUGACCUUCCUUCUUACAGAAGAAAACAAUCCUACUAACUUAGAUCGGUUUAGAUGUCUUCAAAUAGCCCUUGUCCAUGACUUAGCAGAAUGUAUUGUGGGUGAUAUAACACCCCAUUGUGGAGUCACUCCAGAAGAAAAACAUUGUCAAGAAGAUGAGGCAAUGAAAAAAAUUGCAGAAUUAACUGGUAUUGCAGGCGAUAGAAUGUACGAACUGUAUAAGGAAUAUGAAAAUCAAAGCUCUCCAGAGGCACAGUUUGCAAAAGAUUUGGAUCGCUAUGAUAUGAUACUGCAAGCUUUUGAAUAUGAAAAACGUGAAAAUUCACCAAACAGAUUACAAGAAUUCUUCUCUGCCACAGAAGGCAAAUUUAAACACCCAUUUAUAAAAGACUUAGUUAAUGAAUUGUAUAGGCAAAGACAAGAAUUUGAAUCUAAGACAAUAGUGAAUGGAAAUGCAUAAUUCAUUUGUAUAAUAUUCAUAUUACUUAGCUUUUGCUGUAAAUAUGAAAGAUUUGCAAUUAUCUUCAGCUAAUCUUACUUCAUUAGUGAUAAUUCUCCUACUUAUGUUAUACUCCUGUAAUACAUAUAUUACAAAAAUAAUUUUUAAACAAACAUAAUAACAUUUAUUAUUAAAUUACUUUUUAAAAGUUUUCAUUACAAAAUACUUUAUGUGUAUAACACAUAAAAUAGUAAAUUUAUCUUUGCUAUUGUAUCUCUAAGUUAUCAAAGCAUUAAGUUUUGAUUAAUUAAAAAGAUGUGCUUUUAGUAAUGUUUAAGCUUUUUUUUUAAUAUUAUGAAUGUUACCAUGUUGAAAUAGCUGUACAUUAUACCGUUUUAAGUAUAAAAGGUUUAAAUUACCAAAAUAAAAGUUUAUUAAGAAUAUGAUAGAGAGAAAUAAUUUAUAAAUAUUUCAUAACAAUCUUCAGUUUAAAAAGGAAAUUGUCAAAUUUUUAUAUUAGAUAUGUUUUAAGCAUAUGAUAAUCUAGUAGUAAGUAAUCUGUAAGUAAUAAGUGCCUUUUCACAUGUAGCAACUGCGGCUAAUUACCGGCUCAGUACUUGAAAAUAUUAAAUAGUAUACAAUCUAGAUAGGUUAUCAAACUUCAAAAUAAUCACCUUCCGGAUCGCAACUGUAAAAACCGCAUCUAAUUUGAUAUCUAUUACACCAAAUCUUUUACCGAGCAAAAUAUAUGGACAGCCAGUAGACAGACCUCUUAAAUAUUUCAACAAUAAACUUUUUAAUUUUAAUAAUUAAAACAUUUUAUCUGUUUUACUUUUGUAUUUAGUUGGGAUCUAUAACAGCUUUUACAUAUCCGUUAUCAGCAAUCGCAUCAUGUGGAAAGGCACUUCGCUGCCGGUUACACAAAAUAUAUGUGGUGCGAACAGUUGAAAUGUAUAAAAAGCACUUACUCCAUGAUAACAGAUAUUUAUCUUGCGUUUAAAUUUUUAGUAGUAAAUUAAUUAAAUCCUAAUUUACUUCAAAUAAUUUAGAUUCAAAGUUUACAAAAACAAAUUAUCAAAAAACUUUAAGUGUGUAGGUGGAGGGGGAAGAGAAGGUUACGAUCAACCUUAUAAAAUUUCAAAGGAAAUUGUUUAGUAAUGACAUGCUUAAUUUUCAUAUAAAUUGAGUUGCAUCAUCUGUUUAUCUCUAUGUGUAUGUAAUUUGCGAUUGAUAGUUUUCUAGGUUUUAUGUGCACAAUAUAAACCAAGUAACUCUGAUAUUAGAAUGUGCAUACAUGUACAUAGUGUCUAUGUAGUAUUGAUAAAAUGUGUUCAUUUUGCAUGUUAUGUAAAAAUUGUACAUGUAAAAUUAAAUUUAAUAUGUACAAUAAAAUGUUUUAAUAACACCAAAGUACAUUUUGUCAUAAUUUAUAAUAAUUUUUAUAUUCAACAAAACAUUAAUUAUUUACAUUGUAAAUGUAAAUAUAAAAUUAACAAUGUUAGUAUCGACUUUUUUCCCAACUUCUUAAAGAUACUUAAGAAUAUAAUAUUUUAAUAAGUAUAGAAAAAUUUUUUUGAAUCUAUGUUAGACUUGUAUGAUUAGAGAUAGGAUACGCUUAAUUGUUUCCCCCAAAUUAAUAUGUUACUACUAUCGGCCUUGGAGAAAGUCGCGCGACGCUCGGGAGUGCCCUAAGAUCAGUGUCUCAGAAAAUUGAUGUUGAGUCUUGGAGUCUGGAUAACCCGUUUUUUUGUCGUCGCGGAGGCACCAUCAGACACUUGUUAAGGUCACUAGAUAGGCUAAGGCCACCCCUGUAUGUUUCUUUUUAAUGAAUGAUACUGGAAUGAUAACUGCGCCGGCGUUAUCAGUAUGAAAGUGUGCCCAUGGAGAUAAAUUCAUGAAGAUUAAUCACCAUGGUUUCUAAAAGAAACCGCCUGAAUAUCGACCUGAUAGAGUAUAUUGCAAUAGAGCUGCUUGUCCCCAUUACUAUCUCUUUUCCCCCCGAUCUACCUAUACCCUAAUGUUCUCUUCUUAGUCUUAAUUAUUCUGACUGUAAAUGUCAAUUCAAAUCUUGUAUUACAUAUGGGUAUUUUGAUAAUCACAUACAUAGUGUAUUGAUGUAAUUUGUUCUCACAUAGUAUUCAAGUAACUUGAAACUAGUUGUGCCCACUACAAGGUCCUGACUGGUAGUGGCGUAGUGUGUCGGGGCAUUGGGUUCCCUAAAAUGUGGUGGAGCGCAAUGAUGACUAAGUCAUCCGUCAUACUCGUGAAUGGAUGCUCCUUGUGGGAACUGGUUUAUUCAUGUUUACUUGUUUAUUUACUAUUGAAUAAUACAUAUAAAUAUAACUUAAUGCUAAUUAUAGUCACAAUAUGGUUAUUGUGACUUAUACAAAUGUAAAAUUAUCUUGUACAUAAUAAUUUGAAAAAAGAAUCUGUUGAGUUUCUUGAGAAUUCUUCGCAGCAAAUAAUAACGUUCCGAAUCCAGCUGUAGAAUCAUAAAAAACUAACGAUUGUAAAGAAGUCUAUUUCUAUUUCUGCUAUUGUAAUAAGUAUAAUGGAAACAUAUAUUAAUAAUUAUCAAUUUCAAUAUGUUGGCUUAUUUAAGUUACCUGUAAUAUCAUUCAAUACGUUAAUAGGCUGCAAUAUUUUUUUUUUCAGAUAAAAUAAUAUGUUUCAUACAAAUUACUGACAACAAUUUCACACAAUUAUUUUUGUCUUAACAUCACAAAAAUGUAAACACAAAAAAUUUUAUAAACAGCAACUUAUAUUUUUUUUAUCGUCGCAUGUUCAUCUAAUAGAUAGACAAAAAGUACUUAACUUUUUUCUUUGUUAUUACUGUUUAAUUUACGAGAAUUGUAAAAAUAAUAAAUGCUUUUUUUAUUGUUUGAAGUUGAAAUAUAAUAAAAUAGUUUUUUUUUUUUAAUUGGAGCUUAUUACAAUGUUUAUUUUUAACAUUAGAUGUGUUAUUUUUUAAAUAUUUAUUUUUUAUUAAUUAUUGAUUAAAUUUGUAUUAUAUUACU